UCUCAUCGGGGCAGUCGACGGGUUAGAGCGAGACUGUGAGGGAACUCCGAACAGCAUGCUGACGGCAGUACUGGUGUUCGUCUUGGCGCUGGUUACGUACGCGGUUCACAGCGCGCUAAGGACCAGUCACCAUCCACCGGGUCCCAGGGGUCCACCAUUCAUCGGCCAGGCCCUCUCCAUAGACUGGCGGCACCGGGAACGGACGUACAUGAAAUGGUUUAAGAAAUACGGCCCCAUUUUCAAGGUCAACGCUGGUCCAGAAACGUUAAUUGUUCUCUCAGACCCAGAACUGAUCAGGGAGGCUUUGAACAAAGCAACAACGAGUGACAAAUCCACCAACGAAUUCUUCAAGCUGCUCUACGCCGACAAAGGAAUUAUCUUCUCUAGUGGUGACCUUUGGCGGCUUACGCGUCGUUUCACCCUCUUUCAUCUGAGGAACUUUGGCAUGGGGAAGUCAAGGUUGGAAGCUGUCAUGCAGGACCAGAUCAAUGACUUCAUCAACGUUGUGUUAGCUCCCAGUGAGGGGAAGCCUAUAUUGCUCGACAACAGUAUGAAUGUAGCUGUCUUCAACAUUCUCUGGGGAAUCGUGGCUGGAGAAAACCUGGACAUUAAAGACACCAGAAUUCUGAUGGUAAUGGACAACCUGAACAAGAUGAACGAAAUCGCGGACCGCUUCGUGAUCUUCGCGGCCAUGCCGGCACUGUUGAAGCUGCCGCACCGUAUGACCGGACUGGACCGGCUCCUCAAAUACUUUCACUACCCGAUCGACAACCUGCUGCAGCCGGCGCUCGACCAGCACCGUCGUACCGUCGACCUGGACAGCGAGCCGCGCGACUACAUCGACUGCCUCCUGCAGGAGCAGAGCAGAAACCCAGCCCUCUUCACUGACAGCCACCUCCUGCGCACCAUCAUCGACCUCUUCUUCGCCGGCGCCAACACGACGACCACCACGCUCCGCUGGGCCUUCUGCUUCCUGUGCGCGCGUCCCGACGUGCAGGAGCGCCUCGCCUCCGAGCUGCACCGGGUGGUGGGCGAGGGGCGCGCGCCCACGCUCGCCGACCGGCCGCAGCUGCCGUUCACCGAGGCCGUGCUGAUGGAGACGCAGCGGUUGGGCGACGUCGCGCCCACGGGGAUGAUGCACCUCUGCAGCGAAGAGUUCCAGCUGGGUGGCUACACGGUGCCGCGGGGCGCGCAGGUCCUCCCCCUGUUCACGGCUGUGCACCAGAGCGAGGCGCUGUUCCCGGACGCGGCCCAGUUCCGGCCGGAGCGCUUCCUGGACGCCGAGGGCAAGCUGCAGCCGAACCGCGCCCUUAUGGUCUUCUCCGUGGGCAAGCGGGCCUGCCUGGGGGAGGCGCUGGCGCGUGCCGAGCUCUUCCUCUUCGUCACCACGGUGGUGCACAAGUUCCGGCUGCGCUUCCCCGACGGCUUCACGCACGACUUCGGUAUUAACCAGAACAGGGCCCUCAUCAAUGAACCGAAGGAGUAUUCGUUGAUCGUGGAGAGGCGCUGAUUCCAAGCAGCAAUGAUUUGGUUCGGAUGCGUUCAUGAAGCUCUGUGUUUCCAUUUAUGUCAAACUAAAACGAUUCAAAUGGUAGACAAGCAAGCAUGCCCACGGUGCCAAGUUGACAUGCCGACAUGCCGACUAUUGUGCCAUGCUGACAUUGUGCACUGGCAAAACUCAGUGGGCAAAAGCAAAAUAAGCAUAUUUACUCAGUUCAGCAAACCAUUUUUAGCCUGACAUGAGUGCAAGAGUGACUUAAUUAUAUGAUGACUAUGAGGGUUAGAGCGGAUAGUAAGUUAAUGUGAGAGUAAUAGUAAGUUGAAACUGAAAUGGAGCCAGGGGUGUAGUUUCCUAUUUAGUUGGGGGCUUGAGCCCCCCCCCCCCAACUUGGGCUUCAGUUCCCCAAAUCUUGGGGAGAAAAUGGGCGGCAUCCCAGGAGAAACUUGU